AUGGGCAGCGGCGGCGUGAUCCACUGCCGGUGUGCCAAGUGCUUCUGCUACCCGACUAAACGAAGAAUCAGAAAGAGACCCCGGAACCUCACCAUCUUGAGUCUCCCUGAAGAUGUGCUAUUUCACAUCCUGAAGUGGCUUCCGGUUGGGGACAUCCUCGCUGUCCGAGCUGUGCACUCACACCUGCGAUACCUCGUGGACAACCAUGCCAGCGUCUGGGCCUCGGCCAGCUUCCAGGAGCUCUGGCCUUCUCCGCAGAACCUCGAGCUGUUUGAAAGGGCCGCCGAGAAGGGAAACUUCGAAGCUGCCGUGAAGCUGGGCAUUGCCUACCUCUACAACGAAGGAUUGUCUGUGUCCGACGAGGCCCGAGCAGAAGUGAACGGGCUGAAGGCCUCGCGCUUCUUCAGCCUGGCUGAGCGGCUGAACUCAGGUGCGGCGCCCUUCAUCUGGCUCUUCAUCCGCCCGCCCUGGUCAGCCUCUGGGAGCUGCUGCAAAGCUGUGGUCCACAGCAGUCUGCGGGCCGAGUGCCAGCUGCACAGGACUCACCGGGCGGCCAUCCUGCACUGUCUGGGACGGGUGCUGAGCUUCUUCGAGGAAGAAGAAAAGCAGCAGCAGGCCCUGGCGCUGUUCGCCGAGUCCGCUGAGCAGGGCUGCUUGUCCAGCGCGUACCUGCUCUGGGAGCGAGGCCAGCAGGCCGAGACGGCCGACCCGGGAAGGUGCCUGCAUAGCUUCCGGAGACUCAAGGACUAUGCUGCCAGGGGCUGCUGGGAAGCACAGCUGUCCUUGGCCAAAGCCUGUUCCAGCGCAGGCCAGCUGGGCUUGGAGGAGAAGGCCUGCGCCGAGGCCGCCCGUCAGCUCUUCCAGGCGUCCCGCACUGCCAGCAAGCAGCCCAUCUUCUCCGUGCAGAAGGGGCUCAACGACACAAUGAGGUAUAUCCUGAUUGACUGGCUGGUGGAGGUGGCCACCAUGAAGGACUUUACCAGCCUGUGCCUUCACCUGACCGUGGAGUGUGUGGACCGCUGCCUGCGCCGCCGUCCAGUGCCCCGACACCAGCUCCAGCUGCUGGGCAUCGCCUGCAUGGUCAUCUGCACCCGGUUCAUCAGCAAGGAGAUCCUGACCAUCCGCGAGGCCGUCUGGCUCACAGACAACACCUACAAGUAUGAGGACCUGGUGCGGAUGAUGGGCGAGAUCGCGGCUGCCCUGGAGGGGAAGAUCCGAAUCCCCACGGUGGUGGACUACAAGGAGGUGCUGAUGGCGCUGGUCCCGGUGCCGCGGAGGACCCAGCACCUGUGCAGCCUCCUCUGUGAGCUGUCCCUGCUGCACACCAGCCUCUCAGCCCACACACCUGCCCACCUGGCAGCAGCCGCCCUACUCCUGGCCCAACUCUCGCACGGACAGACACAGGCCUGGAGCCGGCAGCUCUGGGACCUCACUGGCUUCUCCCGCGAAGACCUCGUGCCCUGCGUCCUGAGCCUUCAUAAAAAGUGCUUCCAUGAUGACGCCCCCAAGGACUACCGGCAGGUUUCCCUGACAGCAGUGAAGCAGCGGUUCGAGGACAAGCGCUAUGAGGGGAUCAGCCAGGAAGAGGUGAUCAGCCACAGCCGGCUGUGCACCUUGUUGGGGGUGAAGCAGGAGGAUCCAGAGCCCGUUGCAUUCCUGGCCUCGGGGGAGAUCCACGCCUUCCUGAGCUCUCCCUCCGGAAGGAGGACCAAGCGGAAGCGGGAGAACAGUCUGCAGGAGGACCGAGGCAGCUUCCUGGCCACGCCCACAGCUGAGCUCUCCAGCCCAGACGAGGAGACACUGCUGGGCAGCUUCUUGGACUGGAGCCUGGACUAUUGCUCCGGCUAUGAGGGCGACCAGGAGAGCGAGGGCGAGAAGGAGGGGGACGUCACGGCUCCCAGCGGCGUCCUCGACGUCACCGUGGUCUACCUGCGCCCCGAGCAGCACUGCUGUCACGACUCCAGCGAUGAGGAGGCCUGCCCCGAAGACCUCCAGUCCCCGCCAAGCCCAGAGCCCGAGCCCCCUUCCUGCAGCCGGGGGGCGCCAAGCAAGGGCACCCCGAGCUCGGGGUACUCCUCCGUCAGCAGCAGCACCAGCCCCACCAGCUCCGGACCCCCUCAACCUACCUCAGUGCCAACCCCGUGCCGUGAUGAUUUGAACCCGCAACCUUGCCACCACAGUGCCCGGAAGUCCUGUUUACAAUGUGGCCCAGAGAGUGGAGGUCCCCACCCACAGGCCAAGCGGAAGCACACAGCAGAGCGCGGCGGCCGAGCCUGACCCAGCAGGGGGGCACAGGGAACGUUUACUGGGAUGCUGCUGAGCCUGGGGGAGAGGGUCUCCCGCUGAGGCCCGCAAAUCAUAGGGCGGUCACCUGUGGAGGUCAACGUGCUUUUUCCUGGGCAGUCUGAUUCAAUGUGAGCGCCCGCAUGUCCUGAGCAGAAGGCUCAGGGUUCUCCGAGGUGCCCAGCCAUCACUGCGUGGAGCCAACAGACCCUCCACCCUCCGGCUCCUCUCAAGUGUGGGGGCAGCUGCCGACACCUCAGUGUACCUCUU